AUGGAUAACCUGGUUUGUUUAAAGUUAUUAAAAUCCAGAAAACGGUGGAACCGAAAUGAGAUACACAGUAUUCUGCCCAACGAAUGUAACGACAUAGUAGCUCUGCUUUUCUUCAAAGGGAAAAGUAACUCUGAAGAUAAAGGCCUUAAUUUGUGCUUCAAUUUUUUCAACAGUCGUAAUAGUGCCCAUUAUUUCCUAAACAGUGAUACGCUAAACUGCUUCUGGAUAUAUUGCGACAAGGACACUUUUACGAAAGGGAAAAGUGUGCAACAUCAAAUUCCCGUUCUGAUAUCGCAACAAUCUGCCGUCUUGAAUUUCUACAAUUUUGCACAUGUCAAUAAAAUAAAUGCUCACCUUGAAAAUCGAGAAAUAACAAUUCAAGGUAACUCUCUUCAGCUCGAUAUUUAUAAAAAGACACACACGCAUGGAAAGACAAGUGAAAGGAAUAAGCUGUACAAUUUUUAUAUUUCCUAUGAUAGGCUCUUUCGCUUUGUCGUUUCUUUGAAUAAAAAACUCUCCUUUCUGAAUUCGUUCAAUGAAAAAUUUGUGAAAAUAAUUCCAAAGGGGGAAAGCUCCUUCUUCAUCGUGCUGAACGACAUCGUCUGCAUUAAGCUGAUAGCGAAAGGACUAAGCUUAAAAGUGACAAAAGUAUCAAGCUUCCAAAACAUUCUGACGAAUGUGCGUGAUUAUAUUUACUUCCAGAAGUGUAUUUGUAGAAAUGGCCAGCUAUUCAUUUUAACUCUCACGGCUCAGCAAUUUUUGCUCAUCUUCAAUGGGGGGGAAACGGCCCACUUGGCAAUCAAUAUAAAUAAGCACUUGAGAACCUUUUUCACCGAUUUUGAAGUUAGCCAUGAUCUGUCGCACGUGUUGUUGGUUGACUUGCGCAACCAGCUUUGGUCCUUUGAUUUAGAAAUGUACUAUCGUCUUAAUUUACGGAGUGGAAAAAAUGAAAGCAUCCUUACGAAGAAGAAAAAAAUAAAAAACGUUCAAAUUUAUUCGUUACACGGAAAGGAGGAGCCAUUCAGGUAUGUAGAAAUUUGCCAAAACGGGGAUGACGUGAAGGAGUUCAUCCAUUUUGAGCGAGGUAAAGCAAAGGUAAAGUUCAACUUUGAAUCGUAUUUUCCAGACUCCUUCAAAUUGAGACAGAAGUGGAUUUACGUAAGUGCAACCAGCAGGCGAGAAAUAGAUAACAAUGCUAUUAGCAUAUGGAAUUACAAAAUUUUGGAGAACUCCAAAUAUGCGUACAUAAUUGGCGAAAUUAAAAAUCGGUUUGGAGAAAAAUGGAACUUCUACCAAUCUGUCAACCUAGUGGAAUCAUCUGAGGAGAAGGGGAAGAACAACAAUCGGGAAAGUUACACCAGAAUGUUAUAUUUCUACGAAUCGGAGAAAAGACCCACCUAUAAUAUGAAUUUUUUGAAUCAUUUUAGUGAAUAUGAUGAAUGCUCCCAUGAGGACGUAGGGAGCAAUGUUGCAAACGUCUGGGGAUAUGAACGUUUGGAAAUUAAUAGCGAAGAGUCCAUAGGAUCUUAUGACAUAAAAAUGGAUUACAAUCUUGAGAAGAAGUAUGGUAUUUAUCAGGAUAGGGAAAUGCAUCGAAACGUUGCUAGUUGGAACGGUGGGGGUGUCAACAGAGAGGGAGAGAUAUACGCGGUGAGUGCUAAUAUGGAUAUCCUUAAAAAUGGGAAACCCACCGAUCGCUAUACCUACGAUGAGGACCCACACAGGUGCGACCAAAAAAGGGGGGACUAUUCCGAUGGAGAGUUGCACAUCCCUAGUAACGCUUCCACUACGCACAAAGCAGGGGGUCCCAAUUUAGAACAAUCCAUAAAAAGACUUAAUCAGGUACUCCCAAAAUAUUUACAACACAUCCAUGUGUACGAUCACUUCACUGAUGUAAAAAAUUUAUUCCUCAUUAAGCAGUUUCAAAAGUGCAAUAAUAAAUGUGGAGAUAAUUUGCAGAAGGGGAAAAGUAAAAAUUCCCUGUAUGGUAGAAAAGUGAGCAGAGUAAAGUUACACUCAUGUAGGAAAUACUUCUUUGUUGAAUAUUUACACAACCCAAUGGAGGAAGGGGAAGGUGGAAAAGCUGAGCGAUACCUAAUUGUUCUUAAACGGGAGGGUAGCAAGAUUGAGUUUCUCUCUACACUGAAGAAUUACAACUAUUUCUACCUGAACAACAAAUGGCAUGCUCUGAUCCACGUUGAUGAUGUGCUAUGCAAAGUGCUAUUCAAAAAUUACAUGCACGCUCUGUUCAGCAUUACUGCAUACAACCAAAGCGAACAGAUAGAAGGAAUUCUAAAAAUGAAUAAUAUGAAAAGGCAUUACCACUACUUUGUCCUGUUAUACAACGGGUUCUUAAAUAAAGACAUGAUUUUAAUUAGAAAAACGUUGAGAAUACUUUCCUUCAAAGAAACGGUACUCCUCUGCAGAAUGCUAUUUCACUACAUUUGGAGUAACUUCAAUAUGGAAAUAAUUUAUUUUUACUUCUUUGAUUAUUUUGCCUUCCUAAAUCAUGUGUGGAAGAAGAAAUACAAACGGAAGAUGAGCAGUUUUAUGAGCAUUAUAAAGCGAAAGAGGGAGUGCAUACAGAUAUACAUGGCAGUGUCUUUGGGAAAAAUCUCCGACAUAGUGGACGUGAUUGGAAAGAAGUACCUCUGCUUUCAGGAGAGCAACGAAUUUGAAAAAUCGAAGAUGCAAAACGGGUUUGGGGAAAACGCUAAGGGAAUACAAAAUGGGGAUAUCUGUGCCCUACAUAAUAAUAAUAAUAAGAAGAAGAAGAAAAAAACUAUCAAAAUGAAUAUUACACUUUCGGAAGAUAGACAGACGCAAAGGGGCAAUUUAAAGGAGUGCUCCGAAAUUAUAAGCAAGCAAAAUGGAGCCUCCCUCAUUCCUCGGAGCAGUUCUCCAAAAGGUGGAACCUUCGCAGAUGGGCAUUCAGCUCACCCCACGUCGAAGAAAGAAACGCAGGGGAAAGCAGAACUGGUAGGAGAUCCACCUAAAGACAACCCAUGUAAUAACUCGACCGAAUUGAAGAAGAGUCCCACACAAGAGGGAAAGAAACCAUCCAGGUGCACAAACCUCAACUCCGAUAUACCGCCUUACGGGAAAAGAACCAAACCUAUCACAGAUGACAACAGCAUCGACAACAGGAUAAACAUCCACAGCAACGACAACAGCAACUAUAUAAAAAUAUUUCUCAUAUACUACUUCGAAAAAUUAUGCUUUCGCGAUAACCACAAUUUAUUUUUGUAUAAAAAGUACAGCAUCGAAAUGUGCUCCCUGACUUUACACUUUAUCAUCUCAUUUAUAGACCACUUUGUAAAGAAAAAACGAUUCAGGGGGAACAACUCCAGAAAAAAGAACAAUGCAAUUUUUCUUGAACUUAAUAAAUAUAUAUACUUUGUUAAACUUCUGAUGAAUGUACUUCUAAGAAAUUAUGAAAGGAGAGUAGAACAGACCAGUAGAAUAAAUGUGAGCCGGGGAAAUGUCUGGGCAGAUAUGAAAUCUUUUCAAAUUUCCAAUGGCAAAUUGCACGAACCCAAUUUUUUGACCUCCGCCUACCUUAAUGUAUACAGUAUGUACGAUUCGAUAGCGCAAAUAUUGUACGUAAAAAAAUCUGCCUCCGAUAAGAUAGGUAAGCUCCUUCAGGGAGAUAGCACUCUGGAGAAUGUUAACAGUAGAGGUGAACCAAACGGCCACACGAAUGGGACGGCAGAGGGUGAGGCUGCUCCUAAGCUGAAUAGUAAAGGUGAUCAAAAAAGUAGCAAGUGGAAUGGUGGAGAGUUGCUACCCCCUGACGAGUCGUUUCGCACCUCUAAUGGGGGAACUUCCCAAAUGGUUGCUAAAUCAAGCACAAUGGAUAAAAGCGUAAAAAGGAGUGACCUCCCUAAUUAUGACGGUUCUAAGCUAAUUAUAAGGGAAAGCAAUGUUGGUGUUCGCGAAACUCCUCAGGGGGAGUACAUCGCAUCAAAUCAUAAAAUGGACAAUUCCAAAAACAUUAGGAAUCUCGUUUUUUACCUGUGCUACUGCUUUAUCGUCACUACGAAGAGGAAAAAGAAGGCGCUUCCAUACUUUUAUAUGAAAGACGUCCUAUACAGAGAGGUCACUAGGUCGAAUAAAUUACUUUGUUCAGAGCGCCCCUUCGAUAGCGUCAUUUACGACAUACUCAAUAGCAACGAUUUGAGUACAGUUAUUUAUUACAUUUACAUGAAGAAGUAUGAAUUCUUCUUAAAUUUCUUGCUCCUAUAUUUUAACUACAACUUGCUGCAGAAUUUUUUGCAAGGCAGUCGAGACGACUUCGUGAGGAACUUCGCCUAUGGUAUUGCUCUGGGGGGUGCGAACAGGGGGGAGAAGAAGCCUACCAGGGAUAUGGCGACUAAGCAGACAACUAAGCAGACAACGAAGCAGACAACGAAGGUGAAGGUAAAGAUAAGGGUAAAGACAAACGAACAGACUAAGGAGCGAAAGGGAGGAUAUAACCCACUUUUCAAUAGAUUGCUAAGCGCUAUUAUAAACGACUCUGGAAUUACAAUUAACAGGGGAGAGACGCACAACUGUAGCACCGUUAUUGAUUAUUUGUGCAAAUACCAGGGGGGUAACACUUCACUAACUGGCAAGGAAAAUGAAAGACUGAUUAUUCACAAAAGUGGGGUUGCUUCGGGGGAAACUGCUACCUUGCGGAACUCCACCAAUGGGAUAGCGAACGGGGGGUGCAAUCCGAAUGGACAAAUUGGCAGCACAGAUAAAUGUUCAGGUAAGGAAAACGAUAAAAAAGAUCUUGUGCAAAGGGGUAAAAUGACCUCCACCUGCAACCGCAUCAUUGAAGAAUUUCCGAUGCGCUCCCCUCAUAAAAUGCAAUUCGAACAAAGGAAGCACACAUUGAAGAACAACAUAUUGAAGAUAUACCAAAUGUACGACACUCUAAAUGAUAGCUUCAGAAAAUUGGAAAACGAAAUUCAAGUGAAAAAUAUAAACACAUUUUUGCAUUUCCACAAUGAUAUAAAAAGAAUUUUAAAGAAGAAUCUAGUAAGUGUAAUUAUGGAGGUAUACAAAUUAGUGAUGGAAGAUAAAGUGGAAUGUAAUUCACAUUUUAAGGGGAAUGUAAUGAACCACUUGGUGAGUAAUGUGAAAAUCCCAUUCUGCUUUAUCCAUUUGGAUCCCCACAAAAUGGUGAUAAAUUACUAUGGAACUAUUAUAUAUAGACUGCUGUGCAACAAUAUAGACACCUACCUGAACGUGUGUGUACGCAUAUUAAAAGUACUAUGUGUAGAUGUGUUGAAAUUUUUAAAAAAUAUUGCCUUAAAUACUUUGAAGAAAUAUAUAAGAAAUAAAUUGCUGCUAUUUUUGCGUAAGAAUGGCUGCACAUUUACUGUAGCGGAUAAAAGGGCCAUCAAAUUUGUAGCUAUUCUGGAACUCUUUUAUAGAAAUAGUUCAUACGUAGCUGAGCAUAACCAUGCAUACACAGAUUAUAUGUUGAACAGAAAUGUUUUUAAUCUUUAUCACAGUGCAGCCUUUUUAGAUGCACUGAAGGAGAAGCUGCAGCAUAGUGGCCACAACUACGUUCAUGACAGAAUAUACAAAGAGAAAAACCCCUUGAGGGUUCUUGCCCUCCUUAACAUGUUCGAUGCGUCUAACAUGGGAAAGACUCAGUUUGUCAACCAUUUUAACCACGCCACACAGCUUUAUGUACCGUUCGUUAUUCAGAAUUUUUUCAACACGUACUACGUGCAGAGUGGGAGGAAAAAAAGGGAAAAAAUAAAGGACAAAAAAAGAUGCAACAAAAGAGACAACAAAAGGGAAAGAAACAAGACGCACUCGCAACGUGCAAAAAUCAUAAUAAGCCAUUUUUCAUUAAACUGGAUAAAUACCAAACGGAGGGACACGAGGAAAUGUCACCUAGUGCGGAUGAAAAGGGGUUACUUGAUCAAAAUCGGGCACAAUGCGAGAAUGAACAACAAAUUGCGUCACACACGAAGGGAGGAAGUGUCUAUACUUCGGAAUAGUAAAAGGGGACCACCCAUUUGGGGAAGAAAAAAAAAAUUAAAUAUGCACACAAGUGAGUAUAUCAAAAUAUGUGAACCGCGUCAUGCAACAGAUUUGUUCUUCGAAAAUUUGGAAAGAGUACCCCUCGGAAGGAGCAAACAGAUGAUUGAUAUUAUGUCCCAUUUGGGAGGAACAAAUAGGAAUUAUAUCACCCCAGGGUGGGGGUUUCCCUCUAGUUGGCAGAAUGAGAAAGGCACAAAAAUUGUAGCAAAUGAAGAAGUACCAUUUAACUCUACAAUGGUGAAUGUUGCCAAAAGUCAACCCGAGAAGGACCCCAAUUGGGAAAAGAAAAACUCUAGCAAAAUUUCCAGUUGCUAUUACACAAGCAGAAAAGGGAAUAACAACAUUGUGACUUUCAACAUGGCAAAAAAUUGGAUGAAAUUGAAAGGGGCGGAAGUAGACGACUUAACAAUUAUCAGUUACAGAAACUUUAGCAGCAAUAUAAUUAGCGAAAGGAGUAAUAUGCUCGUGAAGGGAAAAGACUCGUUAAGGAGUUGUCAAAAAAAAGAAAAAGGAUACUACUUCAAUUUUGACAACUACGACAACGAAUGUUACUGCUUCUGUUGUGUUAGUACACACGUAAAAAGAGGAGAAGAUAAAUGUAAAAAAGAAGAUAAGCAAAUCAUUCAGGCUGAUUAUAACUAUAGCAAUGUCGACUCGAUUGAUGAUUUUGUAGUGCACAAUAAUCAGACCAUCGAGACCAUCUCAGAAAUUGCCCACAAAGAUAGAAUUGCUACUAAUGAGAGAUAUAUGAAGAGCGCUUACGUAAAUGAUACUUUUGUAAUUGAGCAGAGGGGGAAGGUAACCCCCGAGGACAUGUUCAUGCGAAGAAACAAAUCGGGGGAGAAACUCCCUCACGCACGUGUGGAACGCGAAAAGGAGGGUAAAAAAUCACCCUGUAUAUUAGCACAAUUUGAAAAAAGUGACAAAGGGAAACACCCCACUGGAAAACGUUAUUACCAACUAACCCCAUGUCAUUUCCGUAGCAGUGGUUCCUACCUGUGCUGCUCCAUAGACAUGUUAAAAACUGUAAACAAAAACAUCAUGAUUAGGAUUAUUCUACAAAAUAGGGGCAUGAACUUUCUAUACUUCCUUAUGAAAUAUUUUGCCAAGAAGAGGAUCCAAAAAUGGUUUCGACAACGUGGGACUUACCCUCCCCAGGGGGAUCUUCCCAGUGUAAGAGGCGAAACAGGGGGAAACAUCCACCAUGUGAAGCGCUCCAAAAGGGGAAGAACUUUGUUAUCGUUUUUAUCUCUACAGAGGGAAACAUUCACCGAUAAUCGGGUUGUCCUUAAAAAUGAAAAUGUCAAACUGGAAACGGAUAAGGAAGGGCACGUCCUAGGCGAGAAGCACCUUCUGGAAGACAACCCCAUUUACAAACGCGUACUUUUAAAAAACAAACGUGGGGAAAAAAACAAAAUACAUGCAAAAAAUUUAUUCUAUGAAUUAAUCAAACUUAUCAACAUAAAGUCGUACAAUUCUUGUUUUUUCUUGCACAUCUUGGAGCACUACGCAGAUAACAGCGACUUGUCUGGGCUGUUCACCCUUCUGCAAACGUUAAAACAUUUUAGCGAUAAUUUUUUCCAAACGGUUCACAAGUCGGCUGAGUUUAACUUUUACGAAAGGCUUAAAAUUGGGAAGAAAAUUCAUCGGGUGGGAAGCAAACGGGGUGAAGGGCGAACACAUCACUUGGGGGUACAGUCCAAAUUUCUGGAAGGGCACCAAAGGAGGAAUGGUAACCACCUGGAUGAAUAUGAAAAAAGUUUUUUAAAAAUAAUAAGUUACAUUCAAAAUGAGUUCCGGAAUGAGUGCACACCUUACAUUUACAAUUUUGUCGAGUCAGUGCUGGAGGCACAUGGGAUUUUCCUCUUAAAUUUUGACGCACUGUAUAACGUAAAAAUUUUGCACCAUUCUCCUGGUAGUGAAAGCAUCCCCGGUGUGGCACCAAAUGGGGAACGCGCAAAAAGGAACGUCUUAAAUGAUUAUCCAAAUGUGCAGAAAGGCGUAAAAUGCUACCUUUUCCGUGCUAGUCGCUCCCAAAGGUGCACUAACAACGCUCAAAUCUGCUACUCCAUGAUGGUGAAACUGAGCAGGAAUUUUCUAUGUUUGAAUAAUCAACCAUACGAAAAUACUAGAAGCAAACUUAACAUAGAUAUGCCCGUCGGAAAGGACAGCAGCCUCAUGCAGUACAGGGAAAAGUACCUAACUUGCAACCGGGUGAACAAACUCCACAAGUACAUUUUAACCUACCUGCUGGGAAAUCAAAGCUACACAGGAAUAUACUUCUUCAUAUUGAUAAACAGCAAGCUAUUUCGAUCUGCAAAGAAUUGCAACUAUUUAGUAAAGGAGCUUUACAAAGGAAAACACAGUUUUUGCUUCUUUAGCAGAUCCCCCGAGUCAUACCUGCGUUAUUUACCCUGCUACAUAUAUUCCCAGUUGCGCAACAAUUUGUUAGCCCUGUCUUUGUACAAUUUGGCGGAUAUAUUUUUGCGCGACUGGGGGGAGUUUGCCGAAAAGUGUGAACCUGUCAACGUGGAAAAUGUACAAAAAAACAGUGAAAAAAAAGUUCAGUGCAUCCCAUUUGGGGUCGCUAAUGAAGGGUCUAUCCCAGGAAAGGUGCCCAUCGAUCAUGUUCACCGCGAUGAGGCACUAUUCCAUGAUGAAGAGGGGAAAGACAGCUCAAUCUGCCCUAGCAGAGAUGCCCCUUACAACGUGAACAAAGUAGCGAAUGAGCACAUGUCAGGGGAAGGACGCAGGCAAUCACACCAAGCCCAUGCGGAAGGAACGAACUCCAUGGCGAACUCCAUUCUGAGAAGAGACAAAGAUGGCAUUCCCUUCAUAUCCCUUCACGUGCUGUGUUUUCUAAAUUUUAAAUUAUUCCUUUGCAUCUUCAUGUUUAGCAAUGUGGACAUCUUUGACAUGAAGAGAAAUAAAGAAAAUAGUCCCACUUAUGUAAACAUAUAUUUUUUUAAAAAAUUAACGAAGAAAUUUAUGCCCUCUGUGUAUGAAGCUUACUUUGGAAGCAAAACUCUUUUGAAUACCAAAUUUAAAAUCAAGUUGGAAGAGGAAAAGGGCUCAAACAAGGACUUGUUCAAGUUGGCCAUUCGAAAUUUGGCAAAAUAUGCGGAGAACUACCUCAAAGUGGGGAAGCAGGGAAAUGCACUUAACAAGGGGGGGCCACACAACAAAAUAGGGAACGGCUCCCACAGCCUAUGCUUCGAAAACAUCCCAAUAGUCAACAAACUGUGCACUUCUCCCUGGAACAGCACUGAUAAGAAGUCCAAUUUGGUAGAGGCCAUCUCAAAGAUGAAAAAACGCACAUAUUCUAAGAAAAAAAUCCACCAUUCUGUGAUGCAGUUCGAACACUGUUAUGAUUCUUUCACCUAUAACAAAGACCUGUCCUUAAAGCAAUUGCUACAACAGACGGUGGACCAAACGUUCUUUAAAACUCACUUUUUCCCCUUUUCCAUUUUUAAAAAUAUUUUUAAAAGGGAAGAAGAUGACCCGCCAUUGGAGCGUAUCGAUGAGGAUGCUACCAACGGAGGGGAGAUAAAAGAGAACCUUGACGGAAAAGCACUUUCAAAGAAGCAGCGCCUCGAGGCGUAUCGCCUAUUUUGUAGUGACUCCCUCACUGAAAAUAAAACCUUGAGGCGAAUGUACAACUAUAGGACAUUCUUUUCGGACGUGAGGAGGGGCCAAAAGACAGAUCAUUACGAGAGUUAUGUGGCAAAAAUUAGGGGUGAUCCGUUAAACAGGGGAAAAUUAAACAGCGCAAUGAGGAAAUCUACCUUAUGUUAUGGACAGGGCAAAUGUUACUAUGAUGGUACGCAUGAGGAUACCCCGAAACGCGGUCACAAUAACUGCAUCCCCAUCAGCAAGAACCGCUUCUAUUUUUUAAAACAUUUCGAUGUGAAGCAUUUUCUAAUUUCGUGCCAGCCAUUGGUAGCAUACCACAUACUGAUCAUUAACCACGUCCACUACAAACAUACAAGGGUAGAAGACCUAUCAAAAUAUCUCUAUAUAAAUAACUUCCCCACGAAAAUAUGCAACGAUUAUCUUCUAAGUAGUAAGGUUCACUUACCCCUAAAUUUAGCAGAAGGUCUAAAGAAGCUUAUUAGCGACUUAUGUUUGCAACUGAGUAUAUUCUACUUUAACAACAAUGAUGUUCUGUGUUCCGUGUUAUGCUUCCUACAUUUGUGCAAUGUAAAUAUUGAAAAAGUGAAAAUGUACAUCCUUUCCAUGAAGAGUAUAUAUUAUUACUUUAAAAAGAAUUAUAAAAGGAGGAUCUUCUUCGACAAGUGGGUAAAGAACUGUGUGGACUUGCUCAAAAUGGAUAAAUACACCCUUGAUGAUUUUUCCAAACAGAGGAAGAAUAUAUUUUACGAAAGUUUUAACCUCACAGGUAUCAAUUUUUAUGACUUGUUUGAGAAAAGCUUUAUCGAAUUGAUUGUCAUUAAACUGUUUUUAGAUCUCUCCAAAGAGGGGGCACAAACGGACGUAGACGCCGCUCCUUCGAAAAGGGCAAACAAAUGGGUCACGCAAAAUAGCGUCAGUACCAGUGAGACGUUGAUUCUUCCACGUAAGGAAGGCGAAAAGGGGGGAACAACUGUGGAAGUGCCCAUUGGGGAUAAGUACACAUAUAUAGAAACGCCUACGAACAUGUGCGAUGGAAGGGGUAAGUGGGACUUGUCCGUUUUGCAUAGAACGGACACAGAUAAGUUACUAUCCCAUGAAAGGAAUCAACCUAGUGGGAGAAGUAUCACCAGAACGAAUGAGAGAAUAGCCAUUCCCGAUGAAGAUGAGAUGGCCCUAAGAGGAAACAUGAAUGAGUACCAUUUGGAGGAGACCCAACCGGGGAAGCAACGCAACAGUGCAGGGGUAGGGACAGAUUACUACACAACCAAACCGGAGUCGAAAAAGAUGUUCAUCCUGAUUCUGCUAGAAAAAUCCAUACAGUAUAGAAUCAAAGACAAAAAGAGGAAAAAAAGAAAGAAAAAAUACUUUAACGAUUUUUUAAACAUCAUUUCGCUCUACUGCAAAGUGAACAAUGUGCACCAGCCCCUAACGUUGCUUCACAUUUUGAGCAAAAAAAAUGACAUUUUUAUAUUCUUCUACGAAUGUAUUGAUAAAAAUAUAGACAUUAAGACGUGCCAAGAUAUUGUGAAUUUAUACACAAAGAAUAAGCACACAAAAAGACACAUACUCACCUUCCUAAAUCAUGUCCAAAAAAAUAUGAACACAAUAAUGAGGUAUCAAGCGAGGGACAAGGCGAACAAUUUGGAACCCCAAACUGGAAAUGCGGGAAGCGGCUCAUGUAGGGAUAACUGCAAGGAUGAAAUCCUUAAUAAUGGCAGUGCAUACAAAUCUACCAACGCACUGCUGCAAAAGAUACAAAGCGUCUUCACCGGGAAUACCCAUUUUUACAACCGCGAAAGUGGCACAAUCCAUGCGGCAAAAACAGUUCUUGAAUUACUCUACCAUUUGAUUUACAACAAUUAUGACUACAAGCGUGUGCAGAAUGCUGUAGAAAUUGUUAUCAGGAAUAAUACGUUUUACACGAAAUUUUAUAUAUACCUCACGACCUACGUGCAGUUCAUUUUUAGAAGAAAAUUUCCCUACCUAUUUGUGGACAGGUGCAAAAGGGCAGUAGCAGAUAUGUCCACCCAGAAGCAUCUUAACUUUACCCAUCUAAAAACGCACGAAAAAACUUUUGGAAGGAAAUUUUACUCAUAUGAUGAUCUUCACAAUUUCAUAAUUUUUUUUAAAAAAAAGAAAGCAGAAUAUAGCAACUUAAAGGUCAUGUUAAAGAACGUGUGGUUUUACUUACAAAUUAGUGGAUACCUAUUAUAUCUCAAAAAUAUGCAACUUUUAAACCUGGAAAAGUUGAAAUUUUACCACUGUGUGCAUAAUUUAGGGGAGUACCAAGUGAAGAGGAUGGAUGUCUUUUUCGAUAUGAUGAAAAAAAAAGAAACGACAUAUGUACUGAUUUUUUUUCUCCUUACCAAUGGUAUAUAUAAUUUACUGGACAGAUUUCUCUACAUCUUUCAUUUUGACAAACCCAUUGUUUGUUUCUGUAAUUUUGUUCGAUGUGGUCUGGAGUGUCACUUUGAUCGGGCAUUGCAUUAUCUGAAUAAGCAUUACAACAAGUACGUUAGGAGGAGGUGCACAAAUGGAAACAAUUUAUACUACUUUUUUUUUAAGCACCUGGUAAAUUAUCUCUUGAUGGAGCGACCCAGUAUGAGACAUAUCAUUCUGGAGAUGCUCGUACGAACAAGGCAAGACUGCAAAUACGAUUUUGCCUUUUAUGCACAUAACGCUCUGGUGAACGUGGACCUGAGGAAGGAUAUCCACUUCAUCAUUUUCGAUGCAUGCGAAGAAUUAGCAGAUAGAAACAAAUUUGAAAGGGCCCAAAAAAUGCUUACUGAUAUUCAUGCGUCUAUGGAAAGGACCUCCUCGAAAUAUGCCUUCCCGUACAACAAGGAGCACAUCACAUUCAGCAGAUUUGUUCUAACCCAUUACAUAUGUUUUAAAAACUUUUUAUUUAUCAUAAAGGAGAAACAUUACGUGGACGACUACCUAAUUGCGCUGUAUAAUGUGUCCCUCUCGUGGGGAUACUCGAAGGUAAUUUUCCUCACCUUUCUUUUGAACUACUCAUACACAUUUCAAUACAAGUUAAGUGUCUACGAUCAGACGACCAUUUUGCUGCUCUGUAUAUUGCUCACAAAUAGGGUGAGAAAAGAAUCCAAUCAGGUGUGCGAAAAGGUUAACAGGAAAAAAAAAAACAUCUUCCGGUACGUGGAGGAAAAAAUACUAUCAACUAGAAAGCUGCUUAAUAGGAACUCUAAAGGGAGGAGGAGGAAGACGAAGAAGAAAUGCCCCGGGCUCUCCAUACUGAACUUCCUCCCCCUUAACAAUGAAGAGUGCGAAAAUUUCUUUUUAUUUAAAGAAUACAAUGAGAAUAGAAAAAAAUAUAUAAAAUGUCAUGAGGACACCUUUCCCAACUUUGAAGCAGACAGUGAGCAGCUACACUUCCGCGAUCAGCUUUACGAAUACGAGGGGAAGUUCUUUCGCAAUUUUGAAAGAAACGUACAAAUUGUUAAGCAUCUGUGUGUGAAUAAAAAGACAACAAACGACCUGAAGUUGAAAGUACUCUAUCUGCUGAGCCUUUCAACAAGGGAUAAAAUUUCUAUACAGUUUAAGGAACUCAGUAUACCUCGGAUAAAACACAUUUUAAAAAAAAUCAGCACGCACAGAAAUAAAAAUACUGUGGUGCAUGUGCACAGCGUCACUAAAAUGGGAAUUCCCCCAUAUGGAGUUACAACAGAACGGCAGUUAAAACGGAUAAGUCAAUUUUGCAGAAAGGGGGAAGUACCAAGUGGUAAAAAUAUGACAAAUGUGAAUUACGUGGGGGGUACACAAAAAGGCCUUCUACCACAGUCAACCCAGGGAAGAAGCUCAUAUGGGACCAGCACCAUGCUGGCGAGGAAGCCUUCUGGGGAGUUCGCUAACCGUCAUGACCCUUCCACGUAUGGCAAAAAGAAGGUAACCGUAUACUCAGAAAGUGGUGAUAGAAUCCGUAAUCAAGCAAAGGACAUCGGAAAGGAGAAACAAAAGCAAAAUGGCUUACAUGGUGAAAAUUUCAUUUUCAGGGAAAAGAGUCAUAAAAGAUUCGCAAACAAUGAAGGCAACAUAACAAAUUUGGUGAGCAUUUUUAUAUGUAUAAAUAAUUUAAUUAAUAAUUUUGACGUGAUCACGGCGCAGCGGGUAGUAGACAAGUUUUCCAUUCUGAGCAUAUACAAGGAAAUAAAGAAGGGUGAAAGGAUGAUGCUAAAAGAGGGCGCACCCUGGAAAGAGUCAUUUCGACACAACGCAAAAAAGGGCACCAACACACGUAGAAAUGACCUAAAUUGCGAUGCCAAACGAGAGAAGGGAAGCACAAAUAUACACAGGGGAGAUGUAACAACGUGGAUGGAACCGCCAUCCAUUUUUGACGUAUGUCUAAGUGAUCGAAAGGAUGAGAAAUGGCCUUCCCCUUAUGACCCGUUUAGAAAAAUAAGAAAUUAUUCCCUCUUUAAUAAAAACGAUAUUGAUGUGAAAAAAAAUCUGGAAACAAAAUUAAACAUGAAAAAUGGCAAGUCCCAUCUGCACAUUGAUGAUAUAUAUAAAUACAUUUACUACAAUUCGGUUUAUGCCCUCGUUAUAUAUUACUGUUUGUAUAAUGGCCCCCAAUAUGGGGGAGAUCUAGCGAAAUUAUUAUCCCCCAAGAGGGGAAAAAGAACUUCCAGCCGGUUGGAAGACCUGCUAGAAAGAGCCAAGAAAAAAUGCAGUUGUGAUAUCUAUGCAUUCAUUCUAAGGGCGGAAUUAUUACUUACAGUUAGAAGGAGAAUAUGUGGAAUGAAUUGGCUUAUAGCAAAACCGCUGUUGCAUCAAUCGAAUGGGGACCCCCCCCUGUUAACACUAUUCUUUUACCUUCUAAAGAAUUCAGUUAGCCUAAAUGGAAUGAAGGCGUUCGAUGCGUCCGUCGUAUUGAAAUUCACGUACUUGUUUAAAAGCAAAAUGAAUACCCUUGCUACGAAUUUAAUAAUUUAUCAUAACUUUAUUUUACUCCUUUUAAGUCGCUUCCAAAAGUACAGUUUGAACAAAUGUCUAGAUGAAAGCCGCAUCAAUGGCAGUGGUAAUAUGGCUAUCUCUCUGCAGAGGUGCACCCAGGGGAGGAAAAAAGAAAAUAGGGGGCACUCACAUUCGCACAAUGGCGUUGGCAAGAAUGACCUUGCCAAAAAUGACACCGCGAAGAGACAAUGCGCGGAUAGAAUUUUCCUUUACCACGAAUGCUCCCACGAGUUCUUCAGUGAGUACACAAAUUUGAUAUUGACCAAUUCGUGCAACUGGCUAUAUGGGAGGUGCUACUUUAGGAGCCUGCUGGAUGUCUACUUCUACGUGUUGCGCGUGAUGAUAAGGAAUAGGCGCAAAGGGGAAGGGCCACGGAGAAGGAGGAAUGGAAGGUUCUACUACCGCCAGGGGGAUAUUCGCAAACUCAUGGGGGGCAUCAAAAAAGGAGAGCCCAAUUUUGCCAACAUGUUAUGUUCCAACCUGAUUAGCUUCUACCGAAAGCAUUGCAUAGUCUUACCCGCAGAAGUAGAAGUAGAGGUGCUUAUCUUCUUAUACAAACUAGCGUGCAAAUUCACGUCCCAGCGGCACAUUACUUACAUUAUAAAUUUGAUAAAAAUGAGAAGGCACUCUUAUGUAAGAAGAAAAAAAUGGCAUCUCAUUUUUCGACUUUUGGUAAACAUAAACGAGUAUGACAAAUUAGACUUCCUUUUUAAACUACUCUUUGAACAUAUGUCUAUUUUUGAUUUUUUAAAAUAUAACAGAAACAUGUUUUUGUCGUUGAAUGUGUACAAUUUCAAUUGCGACCUUAGCGUUUCGCUUAAUAGUAGCUGUCUAUUGUACAACCAAACAUUGUGCAAAUUAGGUCCCCUGAGUGGCGGGGUAAACGAGUAUUGCGUUGCAGAGCGGCAGUCUGGGGGAACUGCACCAGGUAGUGCCGCCCAAAGGGUAGAUAACAACUCUGGUGAUGAUGCGGCUCCAAAUAGAAGCAUCAUUCAGAGAAGCAAAAAUACUCAGGAUAACGUGAGCAGGGCCAGUAAUCACGCUCCGCAACGCAGUGGGAAAAUUAAAAAUGAAAAAGUUCUGCACCUCCUGAAUGCCGUGCGCGAUUUGUACAGAAAAGAAAAACGGGAAAAAAAAAAGGCAGAGCAAAACCAAGUAAACAUUUCGUACAAUUUUAAAGGAUUAAAAUUUUCAGAUUUGAUCAACUUUUACGAAGAUAAUUACGUCAAAACAUUUGAAAAGAGAAAAAUGAUCCCCUCCGCUUCGCCCUAUAUUUUUUAUGACGACCAUUUGUUUGUCUACAUAUUGUCGUUCUACGUGGUGCAGUACUGCAAGGAGUUUUCUAAAUGCGACAUGGAAAUGUUAGCACGGGUUUAUAAACAAGUGGGACUGAAGCAUGAGUUGUACGAACUGCUAAGUCGGGAGGCGAACAGAUGUGUGCAAAGUUUAAAGGGAGAUAAAGACGUGUUUAACCUAUUGCACGUUCGUACAAUAAUCGUUUGCAUAAACCUGCUACACCAUUGCGCUCUCAUAUUACUAGAAAUGGACAAUUUAUAUGAGUACCACACGAACUUGAACGAUAUUUACCUCCUAAUUUUGCAACUCAAAUAUGUAUAUUUACACAAUAAGCUACAUUUACAGCAAAGGAAAAGUAGCAAUUUUUUAGCUUAUUUAGAUAAAUGCAUUGUUUUCAACAAUUUGGGGCGUAAAAAGUUGUACGAACGGAACUUUGAAAAGAUGUUUGACCACGUCGUGCAGGAGAACAUUCCGAUUGGCAACUACAAAAUAAACUUCCUCAAUUUAGGUCUUGAAGAUUUUAUUUCGUUGGUGGAACAACACCCCGUGUUUUACGAGACGCUCAUUUUGUUGAAGGCGUACGAAAAAAAUUACGACGAUCUGGUCUACGCCUUUAUCCCCAAAAUUUUAUACAUUCAGGUUAUCCUUCACGGCAAUAAAAAAUAUUUAAGGGACUACUGCUCCUACAGUUGCGUCGACAACAACACCAUAAAAUAUGUGGCUAAGUUGUUUCAAAUAAACAGCAUUCACUUAAAAUUUCAUAAAAAUUUUCCCACCGAAAAGUAUAAGUAUUUGAGCACCAAGAAUGACGUGCUGACCUUUGAUUUUUCUCGAUACAUUUUAUCCGCCAUAAAUUUACAACCCACUCGAGCUGGGGAAAAAGGAACAGUAUGGGAUUAUGCCCACCACGUGCAUUCGCUGAAACACGUGCUGGGACACACAACCAAUAUCGAUUUGAAGAUGAAGGUUUGCAAAAGGCUCGGACCCGACUUUGAUGAUUUGUUUUGUGAAUGCAGGAACAUUUUGAACUUAACGAUGAACUAG